UAUAAUUGUAUAAGACCAUAGUUUAGUUGUGAUGACUACUGCAACUCUUGUUUUACAAGAGUAUGUUAUUCCUAGCCUUGGUGGUGCUAUAUCGGUUUUGGUAUUUAUUUCUUCUGUUCCGGCCCUUUACAAAGCAAGAAAAAGAAAGGAUUUGGGGGAAAUUAAUCCCAUUCCCUUUGUCGGCAUCUUGGGUAACACAGUUUGUCAAGUAAUAUAUGCUAUUAUCAGUGACAGCAACCCGUAUUUAUUUUUUCCAAACUUUGUGGGCUUAUUAAUUUCUUCAUGGCUAACAAUAAUAGCGUACGGAAUAGUAAAAAGAGAAAAAUUAAAAUUAUUUAUGGAAAUUUUGCUGGAAUUAGAACUUUUGGUUGCUGGUUUGUCCGCCUUCAUUGCUUCCAAAAUUACUGAUUUUUCAGUAAGAAAAACUUUUUACGGAAUUGUAUGCAUCGUCAUUCUGUGCCUUUUUUAUUUUUCUCCUUUGACCACUUUGUAUGAAGUUAUCAAAAAAAAGGAUGCAAGCACCCUUUCCACGCCGCUGACUGUCACAUUAACGGUUAACUGUUGUCUUUGGCUCAGCUACGGCUUCUAUUUAGCUGAUCGAGCAAUUUACAUUCCGAAUGUUUUGGGUCUUCUUUUUUGUGUAAUUCAAAUUAUUGCAAUUCUGCUUUACAAAAGAAAAAAUAGACCUUCCAGUAUCUUUAAAAAGGAAGUUAGUGGAAAAGAUCCCGAAAAUAUUGAUUUAAGGUUUAAUUAUAUUUACAUUUGA